AGAAACCGUAAAGACCUCAGACAGAUUACUUCUCCCUCAGCCCAGCCCAAGUAGCCGACUAUUCUGGCGAAGUUCUCUUCAAGAAGGCAUGGGGCUCUCUGAGGAAAAGCACAUUUUCUUCUUUGUAUUACUGGUUAUUAUAGGGACGCAUCAGUGGGUGCAGGCACAGCACUGUGUGUGGUAUGGAGAGUGUGGGGUGUCCCCCAAUAACCCGGAGAAGAACUACAACUGUAAUUACACCGGUCCCCCCAAGCCCCUAAAUGACUCCGAGGGAUCUCAGCUGCUGAAGGAGUUGUGUCCAGGUUUUGACUACGGGGACCAGUCUCUGUGCUGUGAUGUUCAGCAGCUGCGGACGUUAAAGAACAGCCUGCAGGUCCCUCUGCAGUUCCUGUCCAGGUGUCCAGCAUGUUUCCAAAAUCUGAUGAACCUGUUCUGUGAGCUCACAUGUAGUCCAAGACAGAGUGACUUCCUCAAAGGCACCAGUUUCAGUCCCUUCCAAAAUGAGACCAAUGUUGUUGAGGUCACUUACUACAUCAACCAGACCUUUGCCACUGCUAUGUACAAUGCGUGUCGGGACGUGCAGGCUCCCUCCAGCAACGUGAAGGCCCUGUCCAUACUGUGUGGGAGGGAUGCGAGCGAGUGCACCCCAAACAACUGGAUCGGGUACAUGUUCGACAUCAACAACGGACAAACUCCCUUUGCCAUCGACCCGGUCUUCGCAGGCGCAGAGGGCGUGACCCCCAUGAACAACCAGACGUUCGCCUGCACCGAGGGCCUGGACGACGGCUCGGGGCCCUGCUCCUGCCAGGACUGCAGCCCGGCCUGCGGCCCCACGCCCGUGCCCCCGCCGCUGCCCCCGCCCUGGACCAUCCUGGGCAAGGACGCCAUGGACGUCAUCAUGGGCAUCUCCUACGCCGUCUUCAUCGUGCUCUUCAUGGGAGGUGUGCUGGGAGCCUGGUGCUACAGGAAAAGGACCAUCAUGUCUGAGUAUGGCCCCAUCCUCGACAGCAACAAUCCUCGUUCGCUAAAUGGCGAUGUUGGGGACUCUGCGUCGGAGGUGUCCUGCUGCGAGGCGCUGGGCGAGCGCUUCGAGGACGCGCUGCGCCGGGCCUUCACGAGCUGGGGCUCGUACUGCGUCCGCAAGCCGCUGCCGGUGGUCCUGUCCAGCCUGGUGCUGGUGGCGGCCUGCUCGGCCGGCCUGUGCUACAUGCGCAUCACCACCGACCCCGUGGAGCUGUGGUCGUCGCCCGGCAGCGCGGCCCACCAGGAGAAGGACUACUUCGACACGCACUUCGGGCCCUUCUUCCGCACCGAGCAGCUCAUCAUCACCACGCCGACGCUGCAGCCCGGCGAGCCCUGGGAGCCCACGCAGGGAGACAACGUGCCGUUUGGAGCGCCCCUGCGCAAGGACGUGCUCCACCAGGUGCUUGACUUCCAGACAGGCAUCGAGAACCUGGAAGCGCCCUUUGGCAAUGAGACGGUGACCCUGAAGGACAUCUGCCUGUCCCCGCUGGCUCCCUACAACAGCAACUGCACCAUCCUGAGCGUGCUCAACUACUACCAGAACAGCCACGACGUGCUGGACCACGAGUUCAGGGACGAGUUCUACAUCUACGCCGACUACCACAGCCACUUCCUCUACUGCAUCAGUUCCCCAACCUCCUUGAACGACACCAAUCGGCCCCAUGACCCUUGUCUGGGCACCUAUGGGGGGCCUGUGUUUCCCUGGCUGGUCCUGGGAGGCUAUGACGCCAACAACUACAACAACGCCACAGCCCUGGUCAUCACCUUCCCUGUGAACAACUACCACAACGACUCUGUGAAGCUGCAGAAGGCCUGGGCCUGGGAGCAAGAGUUCAUCCGCUACGUUCAGAGCUACUCCAACCCCAACCUGACCAUCGCCUACAACUCGGAGAGCAGCAUCGAGCGGGAGAUUGAGCGCGAGAGCAACAGCGACAUCAGCACCAUCGUGCUCAGCUACGCCAUCAUGUUCAUCUACAUCUCGCUGGCCCUGGGCCACAUCAACAGCUGCCGACGCCUGCUGGUGGACUCCAAGAUCUCGCUGGGCAUCGCGGGCAUCCUGAUCGUGCUGAGCUCGGUGGCCUGCUCGCUGGGCAUCUUCAGCUACGCCGGCGUGCCGCUCACCCUCAUCGUCAUCGAGGUCAUCCCUUUCCUCGUGCUCGCCGUCGGAGUGGACAACAUCUUCAUCCUCGUGCAGACCUACCAGAGGGACGAGCGCAUGCCUCAGGAGGAGCGGCACCAGCAGAUCGGCCGUAUCCUGGGAGACGUGGCCCCCAGCAUGCUCCUGUCCUCCUUCUCCGAGACCGUGGCCUUCUUCCUGGGGGCCCUGUCCAGCAUGCCGGCCGUGCGCACGUUCUCCAUGUUCGCCGGCCUGGCCAUCCUCAUCGACUUCCUGCUGCAGAUCAGCUGCUUCGUCAGCCUGCUGGGCCUGGAUGUCAAGAGGCAGGAGAGUAACCGACUGGACAUCCUGUGCUGCGCCACACUGUCAGAGGGGCAGGAGGACCGAACCGACGGCGUCCUCUUCAGCUUCUUCAAGAAGGUCUAUGCCCCAUUCGUCCUCAAGGAGUGGGUGCGGGCCCUGGUGAUGGCUCUGUUUGUGGGCGUCUUCUCCUUCAGCAUAGCAGCUAUUAAUAAAGUGGAGAUCGGACUGGACCAAACCCUGUCCAUGCCUGACGACUCCUACGUGCUGAACUACUUUGGGAACCUGACGGCGUACCUGCACACCGGGCCGCCCGUGUACUUUGUGGUGGAGGAGGGCCACGACUACCGCAGCGCGGCGGGCCAGAACAGCGUGUGCGGCGGCGUGGGCUGCAACAACGACUCCCUGAUCCAGCAGGUCUACACCGCCUCCCUCAUCAGCAACUACACAAAGAUCGGCUUCACGCCCUCCUCCUGGCUAGACGACUACUUUGAUUGGGUGAAGCCGCAGUCCGGCUGCUGCAGAUACUACAACUCCUCGGGGGGCUUUUGCAACGCCUCAGUGGUGGAUCCGCAGUGUAUGUCCUGCCGGCCGAUGACGCCAAGUGGCAAACAGAGACCCACCGGGGACGACUUCAUGAGGUUCCUGCCCAUGUUCCUGUCUGACAAUCCCAACAUCAAGUGUGGCAAAGGCGGUCACGCAGCCUACGGCACAGCGGUGGACCUGAUUGGAAACGAGACGGUGGGCGCCACCUACUUCAUGACGUACCACACCAUCCUGACCAGCUCGCCGGACUUCAUCAGCGCCAUGAAGAUGGCCCGCGCCCUGGCCGACAACAUCACCCGCACUAUGGGCCUGGAGGGCAAGGGCUACCGAGUGUUCCCCUACAGUGUGUUCUACGUCUUCUACGAGCAGUACCUCACCAUCGUCUAUGACACAGCCCUCAACCUGAGUGUGUCGCUGGCGGCCAUCUUUGUGGUGUCCACCGUGCUGCUGGGCUUCGAGCUGUGGUCGGCCUUCCUGGUGUCCCUCACCAUCGCCAUGAUCCUGGUCAACAUGUUCGGGGUCAUGUGGCUGUGGGGCAUCAGCCUGAACGCCGUCUCCCUGGUCAACCUGGUCAUGAGCUGUGGCAUCUCUGUGGAGUUCUGCAGCCAUAUCGUGCGGGCGUUCUCCAUCAGCACCAAGAGCACGAGGGUGGAGCGGGCAGAGGAGGCGCUGGCGCACAUGGGCAGCUCGGUGUUCAGCGGCAUCACGCUGACCAAGUUCGGGGGCAUCCUGAUCCUGGCCCUGUCCAAGUCUCAGAUCUUCCAGGUGUUCUACUUCCGCAUGUUCCUGGCCAUCGUGCUGCUGGGUGCCACCCACGGCCUCCUCUUCCUACCUGUGCUGCUCAGCUACGCAGGCCCAUCGGUCAAUAAAGCCAAGGUCAUGGCGGCACAAAAACGAGUCGUGGGCACAGAACGAGAACGACUACUUAACUUCUAACCUCCUUUGUCAUGACACUAACAUGACUUCAGACUGAAAAAGCAGCAUUGAUCACGGAGUACACACACACAUACACGUGCUUAUUUACGGUCAACAGGGACUCUGUGUAAAGUUGGGCAUUUUUGGUGUGUGAAGUUUUUUUUCCCUCCCACCUCCCUUCUGGAUCCUAACAAAGGGGACUUACUGAAAGCAGGGGGACUCGGGAGGCUCCCCGGUCUGAACUGAAGACGAAAAGUUCAACGGUUUCCUGGAGAGGAUGAAAUAUCAACUAACCCAAGAUUUCACCUAAUAGUGUUUUUGUUUUGAAGAACGGGAAAUGUUUAUGCGACAUAAACUUAUAAUCCCUAAAUGUAUAUGUUUUCUAUUUAUCUGAGAAAUGCUUUUUCUUUGUGUUUGAGACAUGUAAUAAUGCAGACAAAACAUGUAAAAAUCUUGAAUUCAUCAUGAACAAUCAAAAUGGGAGAUAUUAAAGUGAGUACCUUUUUAUAAAGGUCGACACUUUGUUGUCCUAUCGGUUAAGAAUCUAAGUCGGGGCCUGAGAGUGAACAGCCCAUUAAAACCAUUAUGUCAGAUAUUUUCCUGAACCAUUUCAGACUGGCUAAGCUGAAGCGUUAUGUGGUCGUUGUUUUUUAGAUCAAGCAAAAAUACUCAGUGGGCCUGGCUAUGGUUUGUUUGUUUGUUUGUUUGUGUUUUUGUUUAUUUAAACUGUGGUUACAUUCCAGGAAACCAAUCUUUUUAAUUCCUUGAAAUCUCAGUUGAGACAAAUGAAAGUAGGCGUACAGAGAGAGAUGACUAAGGCGAUGAGUUAGACCCGCUUAGUUUGUCUUCAUUUUCUGUCUGUGGCCUCAUAUCUGUUCACUCAGUCAGUGGAAGUCUGCAGGAACUAAUGCAGGAACUAAUGUUUCAGAGGAUCUAGCAACCACUAUAACCAGAGUGUAGGCGAAGAUGAGGGGUAGGGAAAUGAAAAUGAGCGAUAAAGAGGUGUUUUUUUGUUUGUUUAUUUGUUUGUAUGUUUGUUUUAAGCUGCAGUGUCCAGUGGUCUUGAUGGUUCACCAGUUCACUAGUUACUGACUACACCAGUUACAAGUCCAAAGGCGCGUAAUGCCUUAAGGUACAUGGGAGUAGGGGGAUGUUUGCGUGAGUUACGCUGAGUUAAAAAGGUCUUGCUUAAAACCAGUGCAGCACCUCUCUCUACAGAGGCAUCAUAAAGCCACACAUGGCUUUCUGCAGUUGCUUCCCUUAAAAGCACAGCUCUAAUUUCGAAAUCUGUAAAGAAAAUGUUGAACAUACACAGUAACUGACAAUGCUGAGCAUUGAGAUAUAUUACCAAGUAUAACAUUAUGUGAACAGCCAGGUGUUUAAUGCUUCUCUUUUUAAAUUAAUAAAUGGAAUGUUGCAGCAGAACAUCCUUUCUUUUCAGAUGGAUAAUGUUAUUUUAGAUUUGUAUGCCUGUUUUUGGUUUUGGAAAUAAAACUUUUACUAAUU